AUGCCGCAUUCCUCUUCCACUCUGCAGCAACGGCGUGCGCCCGCCGUGCGCGAGGCCUCCACCUCGAGCAUCGACGAGGAUCGCAAGAUUUCCGGCAGCUGGAUCAACGGCUCUAGCUCCACUGCACCCUCGCGUCCGGACCUCACUGUCAACACCAACACCGCCAAUGCCGGGCAAGUCGCCGCCGACCCGGACAAGAAGGGCAAGCGCGGCCACGUACAGAAGCACGAGAAGAUCGAACGCAUCGGUCUGCUGCGCGGCUCGUCGUACGUCAAGUCCACAGACAAGGACUCGGUAGCCCAGCACGAGCUCACCACCUCCAUCGGACUCCAGGACGAGGCCGUGUACGACGCCUACCUCCCGCGCCCGAUCGCCUUUCUGCGCCGCAUCAUCGUCGCCGUGCUUCGCAAGGAGGCGCCGCUGCACGAGCGCCACCAGCGCUGGAUUCGUCGGCCCUGGCUCGACCGCUACUUUGUCAACACCUCGCUGCUCGGCACCCACUCCUUCUUCCUCGUGUUCCUGCCCAUGAUCUUCUGGCUCGGCAGUCCGCGCUUCGGACGCGGCCUCAUCAACGUGCUGGCGUUUGGCGUCUACCUUUCGUCGGCCAUCAAGGACCUCUUCUGCGUGCCGCGCCCCUACUCGCCGCCCGUCACGCGCCUCACCGUGGGCACCCACCAUCUCGAGUACGGCUUUCCCUCGACCCACUCCACCAACAGCGUCAGCAUCGCGCUCUACAUCUAUCUAUGGGUGCGACGCAUGCGUGAACAUGCCGUCGGCAACGUCGAUGCGUCGGGGAUCUUCGACUCGUGGCUGUGGGAGGCAGGGCUGCUCUUCUACGCCACAAGCGUCGUGUAUGGCAGGAUCUAUGCCGGCAUGCACUCGGUGAUCGACUGUGUCGCCGGCUCGGCCCUCGGCGCAGCCAUCACCGCUGUGCAGUGGCGCUUCUUCGACCCCAUUGAAGACUUUAUCCGCACGGGAAACUGGUGGGUUCCCGCGGUGAUCGUGCCCGCAGGCCUGCUCAUGGUGUCGGUGCAUCCGCAGCCCGUCGACGACUGCCCGUGCUUCGAAGAUGCGAUUGCGUUCGUCUCGGUCGCCAUGGGUGUGGCGUUGGCGAGAUGGUCCGGCAUCCGCUAUGGGAUUGUGCUUGCUACCGACCCACUCGUGCAUGCCUUUUCGAGCGCGGCGGCGUCGUUUGCCGAGGCAGGCACGGACGCGGUGCAGGCAGCAGCCGAAGUGGUGCCGCUCAUCCAGUUCCCUGCAGCCGGUGCGGCGGAGAAGUGGAUCAAGAGCGCACUCGUCAUGGUGUUUGGGCUGGUCAACGUGCUGCUGCUGCGCGUCAUUGUCAAGACGGCAUGCAAGGUGAUCUUGCCCCCGACAUUCCGUCUUGUCGAUCAGCUGGUGGGCUUCAGUCUGCCUAGGAGACACUACACGCCUGCGAGCGACUACAAUAAGAUCCCUCUGGCGGACCUGAGUGCGGUGCCGUCGGUGAUCGAUUUGCCGUCGCAGAUCAUCGUCACGGACGAGAGCGGCAAGCAGCAGACGAUUCAGUCGCCUCUGGGAUCGCCCGUGCCCAGUCGACGCGGCAGUGCCGACGUGCGUGGAUCGAUAGGCAGUGCACUUACGCCUUUGGCGGCUGCAUCGCCCGUGUUGGCCCGCUCGCCUGUGGUGUCGCCCGUACCGUCGAGAACGCCGAGUCCGAACCCGAUCGAGAUGCGAAGGACACUGCAGAAACGCAAGAUCCAGUUCAGCAUCGGCGGCCCCAGCGACGACCACGACGACAGGCAGGAAACACUUUCACCGCCGGUCGACAAAUCUGCCAAAUCGCCGGUUGCGGCCACACCUGCUCCAACCGCUGCCAAGGAUGCCGAAGUCAAGCACUACGAUGCCGAUGUGCUGACCAAGGUGAUUGUGUACACCAACAUUGGGCUCUUUUCAGCCGGGCUCAUACCUGCGUUCUUCGAAAGGCUUGGUCUCAACCCCUGA